AUGGAAGCAAGUGCGAAGACUGGUAAUACCAAAGCUGCUGCUGCCAAAAGGCCACGAAAGCCUGAAGGCCUUCGUAUCAAAGAGAAAAUUCGACGACGGAAGCUGAUCACCACAACUCGUAGGAAAAUAUUACAGCGAUUGAAGCACAUAAAGCUGAAAGGUCUGAUGAAGCAGCGUGCGGAAAAGUAUAUGCAUAAUGCAGAAGAAAGAAGUUGCUAUGCAGCGUGA